AUGAGUAAAGGUAGCCCAACGAAAGAUCACGAUGAACUAGAUGAACUUCCCACGAAAGAUCGCCUGCCACUCUACCAUAAUCAAGAUGAGAAACCCUAUGCUACAGUGAUGCGAUGUCCACUUCAACAACCAAUUGCAAGCCCUGAAGAAUCCGCCAACACCACGUAUAACCCUGUCAGGAAUGCGGCCACAAUUGCCCAACAUUCUAUGAGGGGAGACGCUCCUUUUGUUACAUGCAUGCAAUUUUCACUCUUCAAUCAUAAUGAUUCUUAUGUUCAAAAUAGUAGUAAGAUCAAUUACACACCCUUGCAGAAGAAAAGCAAAGUUCUACUGCAGUGA